UAACUCAAAUGGUGUUGCAGUCCUCGCCACUUCCUCCCACGCCAGCGAAACUUCCGGCAUGUGCUGGACGUUUAUUUGUUUUUUUGAAACCUUCUUAAAUUGAUUUCUGUAAUUAACCACAAAAUCAGCUGCAAUGUACGUCAGUGAGCAUCUCCCUACAAUGAAGAACAGUUAACUAGUUUCCUCUACAAGAAACCAGUAAUUCCUAUGUUUCUCUUUCCAUCCUUAAUUAAUGUCCAUUCUAUAAUGUUUCCAAAGGCGACGACGUUCACCGACGAAUUCCCCUGGAAUUCCUCACAUGUUUCUCGCUAUUUUUUCAUGCACAGGCUAUGACAUUUAGCUGUAAUUACCCAGCAGAUUAUACACCAAUUAGCUCUUUUAUAUUGUUGUGAAUUUGGAUCAUUUUUCAAAAUUAUUCGUUAAUUUAGAAAUCAUUAAACAAUACAUUCAUUUAACACACUUCGGAUGUGUAUUAGUUUGCCGGUCUUAACCAGAUGGACACUUAAACCACUUCUAAGUUAUUUCACACACCAUAUACUGAUUAUUUAUUAAGUUUAGUUAUAUAUUUAUUGCCAGCCCACAUUCUUAUAUUCAGGUUUUAGCUGUGACAGACAUCAGACCGGUUGAUUGGGUUUGCGUCUUCAACAAAAUGAUUCUUGGCAUGUGUCGUCUGUUUUUCCUUCUGUUGGUCUUAACAUUUCUUUAUGCGUUAGCCGUCUAUAUAUUUGCUCAGGGUUUUCUCCUGAAACGUACCGUAUUACCAGAGAAAAGUCAAUGCGAUGUCAACUUUGCGACUGUUUUGGAAAGACACGGAGAGCAGGGAUGCUGGAUGCACGGACGUUUUCGACGAGCAAUCAUCAUCAUCAUCGAUGGCUUGCGGUAUGAUUUCCUCGUCCCCAAUAAUACAGCUAAAACAAAUAUGUUGCCUUAUAUUAACAAAUUAACAGUUGUACACGAUAAAUAUAACCAAGAGAAAGAUCGUGCCAUGUUGUAUAAAUUUAUAGCUGACCCUCCUACAACGACCAUGCAACGACUGGCUGGACUUACGACCGGUAGCCUUCCUACAUUCAUCGAAGCUGGAUCGAAUUUCCGUUCUACUGAAAUUACAGAAGAUAACAUCAUCGAUCAGUUAGUUGCUCAGAAGAAGAAGAUCAAAUUCCUCGGAGAUGAUACAUGGAUGGGACUUUUUCCCGGGAGGUUUACUAAAUCGUUUGCAUUUCCUUCUUUCAAUGUUAAAGAUUUACACAGUGUAGAUAAUGGGAUUAUAAGUCAUCUCUCAUCAGAGCUUGUCAAGUCCGACUGGCAUGUUUCGAUUGCUCAUUUCCUUGGUGUUGACCACUGCGGACAUCGUUUUGGACCAAACCACACUACUAUGGCCGAGAAACUAUCACAAAUGAACGAAAUGCUUGAUUCUGUCAUGAAACUGAUGAAAGAUGAUACCAUAUUGUUUUUGUUUGGAGAUCAUGGUAUGACUGACACAGGCGACCAUGGCGGUGACAGUAAAGAUGAAAUAGAGUCUGGUUUAUUUAUAUACAGUCCAUCACGUUUAAGAUAUCCACCAUCAAAGACUUCACCUUCGGCAAUUCCAAGCAUCGCUCAAAUUGACAUUGUUCCAACUCUGUCUCUCCUGUUAGGUGUUCCGAUUCCUUUCUCAAAUGUUGGGAUGAUCAUUAAUGAGCUCUUCUCUUUCUGCCCGUGGUGGGAUACUUAUAGUGAUGCCAAACAGCUCUACCACAACAUAAAAGCACUUCGACUGAAUGCACACCAACUCGACCAAUAUUCUCAGAUUUAUUCACAAACCUCUGGAGAACCGCUGCUAAAAAACAAGUUUCUACAGCUUCACCAAAAGUUUGAGAAAGCAGAAAAAGAAUUCAGCCAAUUUGUAACAGAAAUGGUGAAAUCUCAAGACAUGGCUUCUGACAGUAAAUGGUUGGCACGUCUAAAAAAUAAUUAUGUCACAUUUAUUUCUGAAACUAAAGAGAUGUGCCAAGAUUCUUGGGCAAAGUUUGACACCACACAGAUUCUUCUUGGCUUAUUUCUUAUGUUUUUUGCCAUUUUUGUAAAUAUCUAUUUCUUAAAACUAUCUUUUGUCAGAGAUACUUCUUACCCCAAAUCUGUCAUCUUUCUGCUGGUUGCCAUAUUUAUAAUUUCUAUUUUAUGCAUUCUUCAAUCUCUAUAUUUCAAAGACAGUUCUGUGUUGAAUAUUCCUUCCAUAAUGAUUAUAUUUGAUGUUGCUAUUCUUGCACCGGUCAUUUACUUAGUUAUCACUAAAAGCAAACUCCCUACUCUGUCUUCUCUCAAAAAAACAUUCAGUCUGCGUAAAUACGAUCUCGUCACUAACUGUUCCUGUUUAACGACCAUUAUCUAUAUUGCUGCCUUCUUUUCUAACAGUUACGUUGUUUAUGAGGAUUGUGUUGUUACAUUUUUAAUUCUUACUCACCUCUGUUGUUACUUUGUCCAACUCUUGAGAAAAAUACUCCAUGACAAGACGGCCCAUCAUCGAGAUGGACCGAGUAAGCGCAGUAAAUCUGUGAGCAAGUUUGACAUUGGUUACAUCUUCAUCCAUCCAGCAUUCAUUAUCUUUCUUCUAGUUUUACUGUUCUGUCUUGUCUUGAGAUUCUCCGUAUCUUUCCGCACGUGUCGUGAAGAGCAAUGGACUUGUAUUCAUUCAAUAUUUACUUUCCCCCUGUCGAACCUUUCAGACAGCGGAAGCAAAAAUUUACGUUAUUUUUUCAGUGUUGCUUGUAUAAUUACUGUCAUUGUUGUAUCUCAUCAGUGGUUACGUUUCUAUGGAAACCUAAACAGCAACAUAACCACUGUCUUAUUUUAUAAAUAUGGAUUCCCAGCUGCAACCUUUUGUAUUGGAUUACAUUGGGCUGUUCAAGGUCUCCCAGCCAAAGAACUGGACAGUCUACCCUACAUACAACAUGUCUUUCUGGCAAGAUUGGCUUAUGCACUCCUCAUAUUAUCUAUGUUGUCUUUUAUAAUCAGCCCAUUAUGCGUUCAUCUUGUACAAACCAACAGGAAGCGGUUGAGUAUUCCUUCGUGGCGCUCUUCUGUUACUGAGAUAAUUCCGGAAGUUUUCAAACAGUUACAUAAAAACUGGGGGGAAGAAAAAGAAGAAAACUCUGAAAAGCCUGUAAUUGCCUGUGGCCUGGGGACGGUCCAGACUGCCUCCAGCGUUUACUGCGUGACCAUGUGCUCUUUAUUAGUGAGUUUGUUACUUGGUGAUGGUAUGACCCCGAGUAUAUUACUGGCUUUAAUCCUCAUUUGCAUUUUCCUAGAGCUACAUUCCAUGUUUUACCACACAUCAGUAAAGUUAGAGAAUGCUGAAGUCUCCUGGACAUCAAUAACCAUGUGGAGUCUGCUGUCAAUGUAUUUCUUCUAUGCCACUGGACAUCAAGCUACAAUCCAAACAAUUCGAUGGGAAUCAGCAUUUGUUGGUUUCCAUGGAGAUUUUACAACUCAUAUUAUUCCAUCAGUUUUGAUCACACUCAACACAUUUGCUGGACCAAUUCUGUUUACUGUAGCGGCACCAUUAUUGCUAUUUUGGCCACACAUUAACAAACCAGCCGCAGAAUAUUUCAGCCAAAAGAAGAAAACUGAAGAGUGGAGAGGAGACGUGGUAUUGUUUGAGAAGAAUGUUGUGCCUCAGUUGUUGUUCAUGCUGUACACCCGUUUGUUUCUCUUCUCUUCGUUAGCAUUACUCAGCAGCAUGACGGCAGCGGCGCUUCAUAGAAGACAUUUGAUGGUUUGGAAGAUAUUUGCUCCUCGGUUUAUAUUCGCUGCUGCAAUGUCUGGAGUGACCUUUUUAACUGGUUUAAUUACCUUCCUGUUGAUGAUUCGUGUCCAAGCUGCUCUGUCGCGUUGGUUUUAUAAACUAGCCGAAUCUUACGGCCAGUCUCAGUCUUGACGAUGAUGGUGCUGUUUAAGGAAAAACCACUUUGUAGACUUUUAGAGUUGUAUUUGUUUAGCAGGUGGCUUCAUCUGGAAUGGUGUGAUGAAAUUGAACUAACUAUAUUGUAGCAGAACCAUUUACUAACACACAAAGCUGUUAAAUGAAUUUUAAAUUUAACCCAUCAGUAUUUAGGCUAGCCGUAUCUGGCUCAGAUAUUCCACCUGUUUAUGUUCAAACUGGCCAGAUCCAACUUCUCACACGAACCCUACAAUGUCAUUCUAAAAAUAUAGAAUCAUAUCAUUGAAAUCUCAAAGCUGUGACUUGUUGCAU